GACUUCGCAUUCAGUUGAAGUUAGAGGAAGUUUUUAGUUGUGGUUUUAUUUUCGUCUAAAAUGCGACCCACGGCGACUAAUUACAUUGUUUUGAUCAUAGUCCUCAUUCCUUACGUUCUUUGUGCUAACCAAAGUCCUGCUUCUGCGGUGGAUGAUGACACUUUGCGAGCAGCCCGAGAGUUGGUUAAUAAUUUUCUCAAUAACACAGCAAAUGGAUUCGCUCCAGGUCUUGUGAUUGGUGUAUCAGUCAAAGGUGAACAAAAAUGGGUUGAAGGAUUCGGACUGGCAAAUGUUGAGAACAAUGUGGCAAUGACGAAGGAUGCAGUGAUGCAAAUCGGUUCGAUUGGUAAAUCGUUUACAUUUGCUUUAGCAUCACGACUGAUGUACGAAGGAAAACUGAACUUCGACGUAUCGAUCAGAGAAUAUCUUUCUCACGAAGAAUUUCCGGAUAGAAUGUGGAACGGAACUGUCGCGAACAUCACUUUGAGACACAUUUUUCAGAUGACCUCAGGCUUUCCCGAAGGACCGUCUGACUCUGACAUAGGGUUUUGCUUGCGAUGUGAGAAUUCGACAGGACGUAUGGUCUUUUUGCGAGACAGAUUUCAAGAUCUUGACUUUGAGCCUGGCACCAAUUUUACAUAUGCCAACUUCGGCACCGAAUUGGCUGGAGCAAUCAUCGAAAAGAUCCUCGAAAAUAGAACGUUCAGUGUCGCAUACAUGGAUAUGGUGAGAAAUGUUUUAAAACUGAACCACACCGCCAUUAUCAACACGACGUUGAUCACGCCCAAUCUCGCUUCCUUUUACACGACAGACAUGGAACAUCUCUACAACAGUGGCAUGUGGGGCGACAUCUUCGUAAACGAUUUUCCUGCAGCGGGAGGCGUUACGUCAACCAUUUCAGAUGUGUUAACCUACGGUCAGAUAUGGCUGGAUGCCUAUUACGGACGAAGUGAACAUUUCGUCAAGCAAUCGACCGUUAAAGAGGCAUGGAUUCCAACUGAUGUGAGCAGAGACAUUCUACCCUACGGAUUGGCUUGGAUAAUUUAUAACGUGACGGGUAAUAGACCAAGUGGUAAUCAAUUAGUUUGGCAUAGCGGCGGUACACUGGGAUGUCGAUCGAUGCUUGCAAUAUAUCCAGAAUCAGAAAUAAUUGUCGCUGCAUCAGUGAAUUUGGCUGAAAGUCCCAUUGAUGAGUUUAUAAUUGAAGGUAGUAUUGCGGAUUUAUUCGCCAAUGCGACACAAGUGCAACAAGUAUAGGAAAUCAACGAAAGGGAAAGGAACAGCAGACAAUUGACAACAACUUUUACGUAAUUUUAUUUAUGUGCAACAGCUACAACAUGAGUGCAGUAAAUUUCUUAUU